AUGAAGGAUUGGGUCAUCAACCUGACCGUCGUUUUGUCCGACGGCACCGUGGUCAAGACUCGAAGACGGCCAAGAAAAUCAUCCGCCGGCUACAAUCUCAACGGGCUCAUCGUUGGGUCUGAAGGAACGCUUGGUAUUGUUACCGAAGCCACUCUCAAGCUCACAGUCGUACCGGAGGAUUUCUCUGUGGCAGUUGUAACAUUCCCAAGCAUUCGAGAUGCAGCGGCUGCUGCGGCCGAGGUAAUGCGAAAUGGCAUUCCUGUCGCUGCCAUGGAGAUCAUGGACGAAGUCCAGAUGAAGGUCGUCAACCUGGGAGGUGCUACAGCUCCUCGGGUAUGGAAGGAGCUUCCGACUCUGUUCUUCAAGUUCUCUGGUACCAAGGCUGGUGUAAAGGAAAAUAUCGGCCUGGUGCAGGAUAUCACCAAGAACCACAAGGGCGGAAACUUCGAGUUCGCCAACGAUGCACUUGAGCAGAAGCUUCUCUGGUCGGCUAGGAAAGAAUCGCUCUGGUCAAUGCUGGCGCUUCGUAAAGACGGAGAGGAAGUCUGGAGUACGGACGUCGCAGUGCCCUUCAGUCGGUUGGCCGAUUUGAUCGAGGUUAGCAAAAAGGAGAUGGACGAGAUGGGAUUGUUCGCCAGUAUCCUUGGCCAUAUCGGCGACGGAAACUUCCACGAAAGCAUUAUCUAUAACCGCACGAUCCCCGAGGAGAGAGAAAAGGUUGAGAAGUGUGUCAAGAACAUGGUCAAGCGCGCGAUCGAAAUGGAGGGAACAUGUACCGGCGAGCACUCCAUUGGUUGGGGUAAGAAGGAUUCGCUUCUUCUUGAGGUUGGUCCUGACACGCUCGACGUGAUGAAAUCCAUCAAGAAGGCGCUUGACCCGAAAUGGAUUUUGAACCCUGGUAAGAUCAUGGACAUUCCCGAGGGGUCCAAGACGAUCUGA